UGUUACUUCGGCUGCGCGUAUUGUUGCUGUUCCCCCAUUCGGUUAGUUUCGCUCAUACGCGUCGGCUGCUAGUUGCUCAACGGUGCGAUUUCAUUGCUGUCUUUAUUUUUUUUUCGUACAUUCAAAACCCAUCAGUGAAAGACAUCAAAUUCAAUCAAAAUGAAGAACCUAAUGUUCUUUCUGCUGCUCGUUUUGCCCACCAUCAUUUGCACGUUCAAUGCCCCAAACAAACUUGGUGCCUAUGCAGCCGAGUCUGUUGAGGACGAUCUAGUGGAUGUGGAGAGCGAAGAGGGCGCCGUGACUGGUGAGGAUGCUGAUACGGAAGAUGACGCGGAUAGCGGCAGCACCAGUACCUCACCCAAUGCGGAUACCUAUCUGUUGUUCACGAAGCCACUGCACACACCUGGCCAGCAGCUGGAUCUGCCCGGUGGCAAGCCUGUCGAGUUCCUAAUUGGUUUCACCAACAACGGCAAGGAAGAGUUUAUUAUUGAGUCUGUGGAGGCGUCUUUCCGCUACCCCAUGGACUACAACUACUUCAUCCAGAACUUCUCCGCAGUGGCGUAUAACCGCGAGGUGAAGCCAGGCAUCGAGUCGACCGUCUCCUACACAUUCAUGCCAUCCGAUCAGUUCGCUGGCCGUCCCUUUGGGCUGAACAUUGCUUUAGCCUACCGCGACGCCAACGGCAUCCAAUACAACGAAGCUGUCUUCAAUGAGACUGUGCUGAUCUCUGAGGUGGACGAGGGCUUGGACGGCGAGACUUUCUUCCUGUACGUUCUGCUCGCUGGCAUCGUGGUCUUGCUGCUGGUUAUCGGCCAACAGUACCUGCUGGGCAGUUCCGGCAAGCGCAAGCGUGCUGCCGCCAAGAAGGUCAUCGAGACCGGCACUGCCAACGACAGCAACAUCGACUACGACUGGGUGCCCCAGGAGACACUCCGUGCGUUACAGAAAUCUCCGCCCAAGUCGAAGACGCCGAAAACAUCGCCCAAGCCAGGCAAGCAGGCCAGUCCCAAGGCAAACCAACAGAGCCCCAAGCAGCGCAAGGUGAAACGCUCCGCGGGCGACGACUAAAGACUGCACAGCCUGCUAAGCUACAUCUACACACAACACACACCCACACAUACACAUACACGCAUACAUUCAUAGAAGAACACCCUCAACAUCUGCUUGCAGUCUAAUAUUAUGUUUAAUACUUUUUUUUGUCGGUCAAUUGCUAUUGACAAUGUAGAGAUUGUUAGUGUUUAACUCGCAAAGUACGACGAGGUGACAGCUAGGGACCGUGCUGAUCCAAUUUCCAAUGAUUCUAAAAGUUAGUGAAUUGGUUUUUUAUUGCAAUUUACUUUAUUUUUUCAAUUCGAACUGCCACUGCUCCAUAACAUACUCUUUAUAAAAAAAAGGUCCUAACUUUAUGCCGCGCCGUAUAAUUGUCUUCGUUUGUUGAAGAUCCCUGGACGCGUGCGAAAAAACUUUCAAUUAUCAAUUAUGCGAUAAAUGAAAUAGGCAUUAUUA